AGCCACUUUGGCUGGAGCCGCCCGGGGGGUCGCGGGCGGGCCCCUCCGCGGGGGCCCCGGCGCGGCUGCCGCGCCCGCGCCCCUGCGUGCGCGGGUGCCCCGGGCGGGGCGGGGAGGCGCGAUGAUGUCCUGCUCGGCGUGCGGCUCCACGGACCUCGUGCUGAACCCCAGCAGGGGCGACACGGUCUGCGGCACAUGCGGCGAGGUGCUGGAGGAGCGCAACAUGGUCGUGGACGUCUCCUUCGGGGAGGGUGAGGGCGGCGCGAAGUAUUUGCAGGGCAGGACGUUUCAGAUCACGACCAGUCAGGAGAGGGUCACCAGCAAGGGGAUCGCGGAGAUCUGCAAGAUCGCCAGCAGCCUCGACCUGGACGCGACCAUCCAGGAGCCAGGACGCCGAAUACUGACCCUUGCGGUUCAGAAGGGCUUCAACCAGGGCCGGUCUACCAAGUUGAUUGCCUCCGCCUGCCUUUAUCUUGCGUGCAGGCGUAGCCGCUCCCACCACCUCCUGAUCGAUUUCUCGGACCACUUGCGGAGACCGGUCAGGGAAAUCGGUGGGACAUACGUGAAGCUCAUGCAGCGGCUGCUGGGAAAUCACGCCCGCUUCCCUCUGGACGCGGGGGCGCCGCUGAUGGAGAUUCCAGUAGUGGACCCUUCCGUAUUUAUCGAGCGAUUCGCCCGGAAGCUCUGGAAGGCCAUGUGCCUCAAGGGGCACCCGAUGAAACAUUUGAUGACGGUCGAGGACUGCGCCUGCAACGCCUGCGGUCUCCAGAUCGCUGGCAGCUCCUGGAUAUUCUCGUGCAGCUCGUGUAAGACAUUCGUGUGCGAGCAGUGCCAGAGGGAAGCGAGUGCGGACAUGAUGGUCUCACAGGAAACAGCCCGCACUCGCAAGCAGGUCCAGAACACAGCGAUGCGCCUCAUCCAGUUCAUGCACCGCGACUGGACACCACGUGCGACGAACAUAUCCAUACCUAUGCGUUCGCGCUCCGGACACCGAGGCACGAUCUUUUGGACACGAGAUUCAGUGGAUACGUUUCGCGCGGGGCAUCCGCGCAAAGCCGCUCUGCUUCUUGGGAUCGCGGCGUGGGGGUCUAGACCACGAGGCCGAGGAUAUGGAUCCCAGCCCGCCAGGAUAUGCGUGGGGCGACGCCCGAACGGCCUCGUCGGGGCGGCGCUGCUCAUCGCGGCGUUCUACCACAAGAUCGGCUUCUCUGCCGGGGACAUCUCGGAGGUCGUCAGGAUCGGCGAGGGGACGCUGCGGCUGCGGCUGAAGGAGGUCAUGUCCACGGCCGUGUCCUCCAUGAGCCGCGAGGAGUUCGAGCGCCAGGGCGACGCCCUGGUGGCGGACCCGGGCGCGCGGCAGGGCGACGGCUCCGAGCAGCCGCCCUGCCUGAAGAGGCGCAUGCUGAACGAGCGCCAGCGGCAGAUGCUCCGGCGGGCGCUUCCGGACGCGGGGCCGCAAGCGACGCCGCCGGCCCUGCUCGACGGCGCGGCCGCGCCCGCGAGCGCGGCCCCCCUGCUCGGCGGCGCGGCCUCGGCCAGGGGCCCCGCGGCCGAGUCCGCGCCCGCGCUCUCGCAGGUCGAGAAGUUCACCGCGCGGGAGCCGUCCGCGGAGCUCAUCGAGGACAUCGCCAGGGACGUGGCGCGGCACCACCGCGUGGAGGGCCUGCUCGGGGGCGAGGCGGGCAGCGCCGCUUCCGAGGGCGCCGCCUCCAGGAUCGAGGGCCUGCUGGCUGGGAGGCAGUUCGAGGCAGAGGCGGCACAGGGCCAGCCCUCGGCGCCAGGCACCCCUAAGUCGGCGGCGGCCGCCGGGGCUCACGAGGAGAGCCUCAGUGACAUGGACGACGAGGAGCUGGACUCGUACCUGCUCCUGGACCCAGAGGAGCAGCAGCACAAGGCGGAGAUCUGGCACGAGGUCAACAAGGACUACCUCGAGGAGUGGCACCUGCGCAGCCGCGAGGCGCGGCGGAAGAGGGAGCAGCAGGAGCAGCGCUCCCAGAAGGCGGCCUCCGACGCCGGCGCGGCCAGCGACGCGGCCAGCGAGGCGGGCAGCGCGCGGACGGGCACGAGCGGCGCGUCCGGGAAGCGGCGGUUCCCCGCCGCCUCGUCCUGCACGCAGUCGGCGGUCCUGGCGCUGACGAAGAAGGGCAAGGUCAACAAGAAUCGGAUCAACAUCGAGAAUCUGGAGAAGCUCUUCAACUUCGAGUGACCCGGGCCCAGGCGCCCUCCGCCGAGCAGAGUGGCGCGGCGUCUGAGCACCUCCGCGGGCCGCGGUGCCCUUCUCCCCCUCUUCCCUCCUCCGCCGACGUGGCCCCCUUCGUUCGCUGUCCUCUCCGCUGCCCUCGGGCGCACUCACCGCCCGCCCCCCUUGCCUGCUCCGGCCCCCUGGCAGAGCCGGGGCCGCAGGGCGUAGGGAAUAGGCGCGGGCGCCUCUCGCCUCGACGCCGAGAGGCAGGAUGCGGGCGGGGUGCGCGGCCUGCGCCGACGAGGGGCCCGACGCGCGCCGCGGCAGAA